AUGAAGCCUCGCAAAACACACCUGAAGUCCCGCACAGGAUGCGCAACAUGCCGUGCGAGACGAAUCAAGUGCGAUGAGUCCAAGCCACAAUGCAUCAAUUGUACUCGACGGCAGGUCCGUUGUGAUUUUCUGGGAGCUGCAUCCUCUUCACAGACUUCGCCAGAAGAACCAUCACCACAGGUGGCUCGCAUUCUGCACGCUCUCUCGGACAACGACGCAGAUGGUUCCCUUGAACCAGAGCCUGCUUCUCUGCUGAGAUUAUUCCCGACCGAUACUCCGGACUUGUCAAAGCAAGAACGAUUUCUGAUGGCACAUCUCUGCGGAAUCAGUGAUGAUUUGGUUGCCGCCGGAAUGCAAAAUAUUGACUUCGGACUCUCGCUGCUGCCAGAGGUUCACCGCAUAGCAGUUGACUGCUCGUUUGUGCGACAUAGCGCCUGUGCUCUUGCGAGCACGCAUCUGGCAUUUCUAACACAGGCAUCUUCAAUGGUUCACCUGGCUUAUUACUACAAAUAUCUGGCACUUCGGGGACUUCGCGAAUCUCUUCGAGUACUCAAUCAGGACAACGUGGAUGCCAUGCUAGCUGCAUCCUAUCUGCUAAGCUGGCAAGCUUCUUCAAGCCAGGAAUUCAUGCAAAUUAUGAAGGGCGUUGACUUGGCCCUAAAUGAGAUGGAAAACUUCGGCCACCAGUCAAAGCUCAGGAGCCUCACUCAACACUCGGGUAAGGGAAUCAAGCUCGAGACCAGUGAUACCGAGCUCGCGCCCUAUCCAGAGAACAAUUCAAUAGAGCUGGCUUGUUCAACACUCAGGGAACUUCAGAAACAGGUCGGCGAUGAACCCGAGCUCGUCCGUGGCACCAAGGAGUUGAUCAACUUCAUGCAAAACUUACGAAUAUCCCCACCAGGACCAACAGCCGACGAGCAAUUACAGGCGCUGUAUCCUAUUCGCCAUUGGGUCCCAUGGCUUUCCAGAUCGCUGAUCAGCUUGUCCGAUCGCGAACCGCUUGUCCUGGUCUUCCUUGCACAUUACCAUAUGGUCGUUUUGGCAGUUGAGUCGAUUCUGCCAGCCGCGUCCAAUUUUCUUCUUGCGUCCAAGCGCGUCGAGCUCAUCGAACAACUUGAAACGACGAUCGGCCAAGUAUACAAACCAUCAGAAAAGGAAAGUCUUGAGAACCUGAUGUCUGGUCCUGCGGCUUUUGCUCGGCAAUUUCUUCUCACCAAUCUGCUGUCGGCGGAGUCAGUUCCAGUGUGGGGAAAUACCCAAACCGCAGCCGGGGAUCAGGGCCUUCAGCCGCAGUGGCAGGAGGACCCUGUCUCUGUCGACUUCAAUCUAAUAUACUGA